AUGGGAAACGCGGAAUCAUCGGAUUCACUUGCGACAAUACACCGUGCAAAAUCUCAGUCUCCGGCUUUUGAGCGUAAUAGUGGAAGUGAACAUGGAUCAAGCGUUUGUAAGGACGCUAACGACGCUUCUCGUCAGUGUGUGAGUGUAACGCUAACAAGAAGAUCGAAGACAUGUCGCCAACGGAGUAGCCGACGAAAAGAAGUGUGCCGCGUGACUGGUUUAACACUUCAUCAGAAAGCAUUACUAAUGCGAAAAUGGAAUCGUAUGGAGUCGGGUCAGGGUUGUUUUACACCGUCGGAAAUUCCGUUGGGUAUAGCAGGACUUCCUUUGUACCUUUGUUUGACAUUUGUUGGAUUAGAACGAAAACAACAACAGUUUAUUUUGAGUCUGUUGUUAUUUCUAGCUUUCCAUAGUCCACUUUUUGACAAUAAACUGCGGCUUUCAGCGACGAUCUACACACUUGGCAGACGGGUGUUCGAGAGUAUCUUCAAUGAUAAUCCUCAUUAUCUCGCUUACAUCGAUCUGAAAAAUGAACCGAACUGGAACAAUCACAUCAACUUCAAAAUUCAUGUGCAGAGAUUCGUCAUCGCUUUAUCAGAAGCCAUGCGUCGUCUGCGUGAGCCAUCCACCUCAUACGAUGUCUUAAGAGACUUUGGGGCAUCCUAUGCAACAUAUCCAAAACGAGUGUCACCUCUGUAUUUCGAAAGGCUAGCGAAUGCUCUUAGUCAUACAGCCACUCGACUACAAGAAAACGAUCAUCUUCGCGUCGAAAAAGCUGCAAUUCGAGAAGACGAUUCGUAUUCAAGCGAAGGGGACAAAUCUCACAGAUCAUUGCUGGAUGUUGAGAAGAUGGAGGCUGUAAAUGAAAGCGGGGUAUAUGACUCGAAAUCUAUUUCUUCAUUCUCUAUGCCCAAACAUCGCGAUUCGAGGAGUAGUUUGUCUCGGAUGAGCUCCAUAAAGGACAGUUUCCAAUCAGAAUGCCUAGAUCAUGAUCGAAAUGGCAUCUGCCCUAUAACGGCUGAAGCAUGGGCAGUUUUGUCAGCAUUCCUUGCAAAUCAGGUGAGUGUCAAUACAGCUUUAAAGCAGCUUCAAGGCACAACAUGCAACUGA